AUGUCACUCUCCUUGCGAUCUUUUCUUCAGGGAUUAUGGUCUAUUUGGACUCGGGAUUCUGUCCGAAACCGAACCUAUCAUGAUGUUUUGUCUCCAACAAUAUUUUAUCUCGUGGGUCUCUUUGAGCUCUCAACUCUAGACAUAGCCACAAACUGCAUAAACCUCUUACUACGUUUCAGGAAGUUGUUCUCAAGAUCCAAGGGCAACAAAGGUGGGUAUUGUCUGAGCCCAUGUAGAGAGGGCGUACCUACACAGAGGAAGGGACUUAUUGCCACCCCUUUACAAACUUUCACCCUCCCAGGAUCGAAUUCUCCGUACGGAGGCGUGCUCAUCGAGCCUCCGAUCGAAUCGACCGUACAAGAGCGCGUUCUUCAAGAGCCUCUGUACACCCCCCCUCUCAAUCAAAUUCCCUGUACAGAGGCGAUUAAAUCAACUGUACAAGAGCGCGCUCUUUAA